CCCAAACUUCGCGCUCGCCGAUAAAAAACAAAUCACAUCACCAAUGGCUUCUGAGAGCAUCUCCGUGGCGGAUUAUAUCUCGACAGUCUGCUCGGUUAUUGCUGCAGUGUUUGGAUUGGUCACUGUUGUUACUGUCGUUGUCGCCGUCAGACAGUUGCUCACGGAGCACCGAGCUUACGCAUCCGGCCUGUCCCAGCAGGCGCUGGGACCCUGGCACGACAAAGUCAGAACAAGACGUCUCCUGGGCCUGCAACAGGAAAUCAACACACCAACAAUAACCGUGCCUUCGCUCCUGAAGGCGAAUUGGAACCCCCAGUUUGUGUUCCCAGGGGCACCCGCUUCGACCCCUCAGGAUGGCAGGACGGAUCCAGAGAAGGCACUCGCCAAGGCCAGCUGGGUCAACUUCCUUGCCGCUAUUGGUGUCAAGUUGAAUGAUCAAAACCUUUACCAAAUGAGCCCGCAGCCCAACUUGGUGAAUGGCAUCGUUCCCAUGCGCUGGGAAGGGAAGAGUCUCGCUGCCAUAUGCAGCCUCCUUGGAUUCCAGUCAUCGGAACAGAAGCCCAGUUUCAAGGAACCCAUGAAGCUUCCCAUGCAUUGGACGGGCCCCUUGGGAUGGCUUCAGUUUCGUGAAGGCCCCAACGGAUGCAUCGUCGAGUAUCGAAGGAGGGCCCUUAUUGCCGACCAAAUCAGUCCCGAAGUCCACUUGUUCUUCAAGUCCGUUCCCCAACGGACCGAGGACCACAGCUUUGUCGCUCGAUUGUGGCGAUCCAUCAAUGGGAUGAUGAUUGGAGACAAAAAGGCCCUCUACCUUGGAGGCACGGAUGAACGGUCUGAGAGGCGCGCCAAGCGCCGUGAGGCGGGAGAGAACCUCGAGAAGACAGGUUCAGACGACAGCCGCCCCGACUUUGAUGGCCUGAUGAAGGGUAAGACUGGGGCUCCAACUGAGAAGCGCAAUCUCUCGACAGCUUCAACAACCGUGGCGACACCUCACACCCCCAUUCCCGAUGCUGGUCUCAAGAGGAGAGAAGACGACGACCUAUUUGAGGACUUGAUGAAAGCUCCGUCGAAGGAGGACAUCAUGAAAAAGCUUCGAAAUCCCAACAAUCCAAGGGGCAAAGACGAAUCGGACUGGGAAACCGAACUGGAUGCAGAGUUAGGAGGAUUAAGGGACAUGCUCCGCAGAAUGCGCGAAAAAGGGCUGGGAAAGAUGGAGGUCUUUGUGCCGUGCGAGGGCCUCCUCUCCGUCGUCGUCCAAGGCGAGCUGGCCAACAGCCGUGGCCUCAGCAUCCAGGAUUGCACAGAAUACAGCCGGGCAUAUGUUGACUACGACGACGUCAACCAGAAAAGAACGCCGUACCGUCUCGGAGAUCUGUUCAUGGACGAAGACCUUUUGAAGCUGAUGAAGCAAGCAGUGGGAUUUAUCAAGCCGGAUGGUUUCUACUUCACGCCAACCAAGUGGUUGGCCUCGGAUGUUGCUGAGGUCUACCGGCAUAUCAACCGAGCUUGUGAAAACCCAAAGAAUGAGGAGGCCGUAUUCCCCGAGCUCCAGUUGAAAGAUUGGCCAACAACCUGUAACGACCGUGAGUGCUUGCACUACACCAUGGUGCUCUGCAACAACUUUCAACACAUUCGCCUGCACGGCCGUGCCCACUUUACGAUCGGGGACAUGGUGGUGAUUGGAAAGGCAUCGAGAUCGCUCCCCAAGGUGGCCGAUCUCGUGUGGUCAAUGCUGAUAUCGCCUGACCUAUUCAACGACCUCAACCGAGCAUUCAACAGAAGUAUCGAGGAGUUCAAGGCUCCUAGAGGAUGGGACUUUCUCGACGCCGAAGUGAGUUGCAGCAACGGUGUUCUCAACUGUACGGAUUUGAUGAGGAGCUGUGGGGUUUCGAGGGAUGAUGACAUCAAGUAUGCCACCACCGCCAGUACCCCGCCAGCGCAGACGGAUCCAAUGGACUACACUGUUCCGUUGUGUUCGAACAACACAUUUCAAGGAUCGCAGGUCUUAGCAUCGUUCUUGGACGUUCUGGUAACGCACUUUUGGGUCGAGAAGAGUUGGAUCACGGACGUUGAGUCGUAUGAUCAUGUCAUCCCCCAGACUAUCACUAUGUGCUAG